CCCUUGCAUUCCAAUCUCUCCCGCACCUUCUCCCCAGCCGGCCGAGUGGCCGACGACGGUCACCAUCGGGAUUUGCUGCCCGCCCCCAUCGUUACCGCCUCCACAGUCCCCCCCACCUGCCAGCCGCUAUCUCCUCUUGCGCGGGGCGGGCUCGGAGGAGGAUGAGCAAUGGCUCAUCAGAUGCUCCUCGGUACCCUGCGCACCAACGUGCUCACCGAUCCCACCUGCGUCACCGGCGGCCGCGCAGCGUCCCAAAGGUCGUCCGCAAGAAUAGGCAGACGGAAAUUUGCAGUGGCAGCCAUCUCAGGCGAUUAUCUUCCGAUGCGAAGUACUGAAGCCAAAAAUCGGACAUCAAAAGGUGACAUCAGAAGCCUCAGACUAAUCACAGCAGUCAAAACACCUUAUUUACCAGAUGGGAGAUUUGAUCUCGAAGCAUAUGAUUAUUUGAUCAAUAUGCAGAUAGAGGGUGGUGCUGAAGGUGUAAUAGUUGGAGGAACAACAGGAGAGGGUCACCUUAUGAGCUGGGAUGAGCACAUCAUGCUCAUUGGGCAUACUGUCAACUGCUUCGGCACUAGAAUUAAAGUGAUAGGGAACACAGGAAGUAACUCAACUGGAGAGGCCGUUCAUGCGACGGAGCAAGGAUUUGCCGUCGGCAUGCAUGCAGCUCUUCACAUCAAUCCUUACUAUGGGAAGACUUCAACUGAAGGAAUGAUCGCUCAUUUCAAGGCUGUCCUCCCAAUGGGUCCAACCAUCAUAUACAAUGCUCCAUCAAGGACUGGACAGGAUAUCCCCCCUCCAGUCAUUGAGACACUUUCAAGUCAUCCAAACAUAGCAGGUGUGAAAGAAUGUGUCGGACAUGAGAGGGUCAAGUGCUACACAGACAAAGGUAUUUCAGUAUGGGGUGGCAAUGAUGAUGAAUGCCAUGAUUCAAGGUGGAAAUAUGGUGCCAUUGGAGUUAUCUCUGUGACUAGCAACCUUGUUCCUGGUCUCAUGCACAGUCUCAUGCAUGAAGGGGAGAAUGCGACCCUAAAUGAGAGACUGUUGCCUCUGAUAAAAUGGUUAUUUUGCGAACCAAAUCCGAUUCCUCUGGACACUGCUCUGGCUCAGCUUGGGGUUGCAAGGCCUGUUUUUAGAUUGCCAUACAAGGCUCUUCCUAUUGAGAAGAGGGUUGAUUUUGUCCGGAUUGUUGAUGCUAUUGGACGGGAACACUUUAUUGGAAAUAGAGAGGCAAGGGUUCUCGAUGACGAGGAUUUCGUCUCGAUCUGUCGGUAAAUAAGGGAUCUGGACAGCUAAGAUGGAUCCUAUGGAUACUGCAAGGUGGACUAGAUGGCUCCCAUGUUCGACAUUUAUGUUUCAGUGGUCAUGUAUUGUAAGCACUUGGUUCAGUAGCAGUGAAGAGAAUACGUAGGGCUUAAUAUUGUUUUUGUAUCUCUUGCUGGGUAAACUUGCACCAUUUGUAAACAAUUUGAAAGCGUUACCUGCAGUACAGCAUGCAAACCAUAUGGUUAUUUGUUAAGCAAAAUAGUAGUUACACGA